UUUAAAAGGUUUUAAAAAAAUUUUUCUGAUGCAUUAAAAGUAUAUAUUUUACUUUACAGUAUUAUUGGAUUAAACAAAAUCGCUAUCGUCUAUACAGCACAAGUGCCACCAAACCCCCAGACACCAAUCUACAAAUAUUGGCCACAGAAGAAAUGGAGAAACGUUAUUUGUCAAAUCCAUUUCCGGAUUAUGUAAAUCCCCAGAGUACAUCGUAUGAAUUCGAUGAAGAGCAUAUCAAGAAUCUUAUUUGUACAUAUGUAGAUGCUAUUUUAGAACACUGUAGUCCUGGUUGCGACGAUGAGGACAUGCGAGGCGACCUAUAUGUAGGCAAUGCUGGCAUUGCAUAUAUGUUUUGGAAAAUGUCCCGCUCACCACGGACACAAGAUUUAUAUUCGGCUUUGGAGCAUGCUCAUGGUUUCAUACGUAAUGCUAAAGCGAAUGCGGAUCGUUAUAAGAAACGUUCAGCUGAACGUUUUUCGUUUUUGUGUGGUAAUGCUGGUAUAUAUGCCGUGUCGGCAGCCAUAUCUCAUGACUUAAAAUUAAUGCAGGAGCUAAGUGACGACUUAAUGAAUUUCAAGGCGGGUAUUACAUCUAGUAAGGAAUUUUUGCAUACAAAAUAUGGUUGCGAUGAGGUGCUGGUAGGUCGUGCUGGCUAUUUGGCCGGCUGUUAUUGGCUGAAUGAUGUAAUGCCGGAAAAGAAAAUUACCGAUGAUGAUUUGAUUUCCAUUUGUCAAAUGGUUAUUGCCAGUGGUCGUGAAUAUGCCAAACAAACAAAAGCCCCUUUGCCUCUAAUGUAUCAAUAUCAUGGCACAGAAUAUUUGGGUGCAGCUCAUGGUCUUUGUGCUAUCUUGCAUAUGCUUUUAGAUAGCCCCUGGUUUAGGACAGACCCUAUAUCUGCUCCAAGCGCUGAACUGAGGGAUAUUAAAAAAUCUAUUGAUUUCUUUUUAAUGUUGCAAGACGACGAGGGCAACUUCCCAGUUGCUUUGGAGGACUUGAAAAGUGGCCGUGAGAAACGUUUGGUACAUUGGUGUCAUGGUGCUCCGGGAGCCGUUUAUUUAUUGGCCAAGGCUUAUCUUAUUUUUAAGGAGGAAAAGUAUUUGCAGGCCCUACGGCGUUCAUCAGAUUUGGUAUGGAAUAAGGGUUUCCUACGUAAAGGUCCCGGCAUUUGUCAUGGUGUGGCCGGUAAUGGUUAUGUGUUCCUGCUUUUGUAUCGUUUAACACAUGAGCCGAAAUACUUAUAUCGGGCAGUCAAGUAUAUGGAACUGCUAACUAACUCGGAAUUCAAGCAACGGGCUCGUACUCCGGAUCGCCCGCAUAGCUUAUUCGAAGGUGUAGCAGGUACGGUCUGCUUUCUAAUUGACCUGCUUGAUCCCGAACAAGCACAAUUUCCAUUUAUGGAUGUUUUUCAUUAAUCAAAGAUAUUAAAAUGUUAAGAAAGGAAUCAAAAAGAAAACCCGUAACUGUGUGACACAUGAGAACACUCAACACACUCAACACUCUAUUCGCACGCAUAUCAGGGAAUCAUCUCAUAAGGCCGUAUUUAAUUUAAACAAAACCUAAGAGACGACCUUAUUGUAAUUUUUUUUGUUCUUAUUUUUUGUAUUUUAUUGAUUCAUAAAUUUUUAUCAACUUAAAAUUUCAAUCAUAGACUGAUCGGCAAUCUUUCGUACCCGAAUUGUUUUUAUAUAUACAAAUAUCUACAAACAUUAAUGUAAGCAUACAUAUAUACCUAUAUGUGUGUAGAUAUAUAUAAUUAGCAUUAGUUCUAAAAUAUUGGUACACGGUUUGGUCGAUAUUUCGAUUCAUUUUUGCGGUGCUUUAGAAAACAUACUCCAAAAUAAAAAAAAUAAAAAAACAAAAAAAAAAUAUCUAAAACUGAACUAUAAUUAUGGAUUGGAUGAUGUUAUUUAAUUCAGUCAUAAAUUUUAAUAUUUACACUAGAAGAGAAUAAAAAAUUCGAAUCAAAAAAUUCUUAUAACAACAAGAGAAAAAUAUUCAAUAUUUUUAAAAAAAGAAAUCUUCAUUGAAAAUAAUUAAUACAAUAAACUAUUAUAUUCUCAUUAUUGCAUCACAUUUUAUAAAAUUAUUUUUUAGGUUUUAAAAACAGUCGAUAUGGAUAAUUCC